CUUUAUAAUAAAGUUUACAAUAUCUGAUACAAAUAUGGAUAUAACACGAGCAAACUUUACCGAAACUUUACCGAUAGUCAGCAAAGCGAUUGACGAAUCAAGUUUUAUCUGCAUUGAUGGGGAAUUCACCGGUUUAACGAACCAUCGGUAUAAUUUAACGUCCUAUGAUUCGCCAGAGGAACGUUAUUUGAAAUUGCAUUCAAACACAGAAAAUUUUAUGCUGCUGCAGUUUGGAAUGUGCACUUUUUCAUGGAAGGAAGACGAACAAAAAUAUCAAGUUGAUGCGUUUAACUUUUACAUCUUCCCGUUCCGUUCCUCGUUUCCUGGAGUUCCUGAUCGGAUAUUUUCAUGCCAAGCUUCAAGUCUUGAUUUCUUGACUUUACAAGACUUUGAUUUCAACAAAGCAAUAAAAGAAGGGAUCCCAUUUCUUCGACCAAGUGAAGAAGCUUCUGUUAGAUCUGCGAUUGAAGAAAAACAAGCUUAUCGUCAAUCUACUUACAAAUCACCAGCCAAGUUUGACGGCGUUGGUCGUAGCCCUUCAUCCAAAGGGCCUUCCACACCAAUCACCGACCAGAAAACGAAAGAUUUCACAGAAAAAGUUGUCGCAAAAAUUAAAAACUUUUUGGAAAACACAGAAGAUUCGGAAAUUGUGUUGGAACCAUGUAACAGUUAUCUAAGAAAAAUAUUAUUUGAGAACAUUCCUGCUGCAUUUCCCGGUAAAAUCCUGGUCGAGUCGCGCACUGACGAACAGACUCAUCAGCGCCACAUAGUGGUGGUACGUGGUGCGAGCGCCUCGUUACAAAAGGAACGAAACUUACAAGCCAAAGUUAAAGAGGAAAGCAACCUGGAAGAGGCUGUGGGAUUCUCGAAGAUUGUUAAGAAACUGAGUCAAAGUCAAAAACUGAUAGUUGGCCAUAAUAUGUUGCUUGAUGUCUUUUACACGAUACAACAGUUUGUUUGCCCAUUACCCGACGUGCUUGAAGAGUUCAAGUCACUUGUGGGAUGUGUGUUUCCUAAACUUCUUGACACAAAACUGAUGGGGAGCAUGCUGCCUUUUAGGGACCUACUAUCAACCACAGCACUGGGUGAUAUGAACGCGCGUUUACGUGAACCCCCCUUCCAACCGCCGGACAUCACGGUACCCGGUAAAUAUAACGUGGGGUCAACUAAAAGUCAGGAUUCAAACUUACAUGAAGCAGCAUAUGAUGCCUAUGUAACAGGUUCAGCUUUUCUAUCAAUGGUAAAUUACUUGAAGUCGUUUCAAACAAAUAAAAAGAUUCUCACUUCGUUUUCAUCUCUUUGUUCAUUGAUUUCACCUUAUGUUAACAAAGUAUUUUUGAUGCGAAGUUUUGACAUCCCAUAUUUGAACUUAAGUGGUCCCGAUUUAUCCCCAUGUCGGGACCAUGUGUUUCACCUUGAGUUCCCUGCGCUGUGGAAAUCUAACGACCUGCGCCAACUUUUCUCACCUGUUGGCCAAAUCCAUAUAUCAUGGAUAAAUGAAACUCAGUGUUGGAUUGGUCUUCACAACAAAACACAGACAAAGAACGUAAAAAGUCUUGUAAGUGGAAACUCAAACGAUUCGUUUCGUCUUCGAACUUACAAAGAAUAUCAAAGUGAUUCCACAUCGGCAUUACCAACAGCAACUAACGGCCGACAAUCUUCUCCCUUCCGUCCAAGCUCUGCCACCAAAUCGUUCAUCAGCAUAGUAGAGGCUGCACAGAUAACAGACACGCCCACAACAACGUCAUCAGCGCAGAGGAAACGCCCACAGUCGGAAGUAACGUCACCUUUCGACACUUCGCAUGCGUCACGUUCACCAGAUGAACCAGAGUUGAAAAAACAGAAAUCGAUUGAAGAUUGCGCAACAACAACAACAAACAAACAAGAAGAAACAGAAGUCAAACAAACAACAACUAAAGUGAAAAACUCGACUUCCACGUUUCAUGUUCCAGAUGAAUGGUAAUAAUGAUGACGUCAUACCACGAAGGCGUCAUAUAAAAUGAUAACCAUCAUACAAUGAUGAUUUCACAUAAUGGUGAUGUCAUGCAAGCAUGACGUUAUACAUGGAUGACGUCAUACAUAAUCAGUGAUGAUGUCAUGGAAGGUAGAAUGAUGACAUCACAAUAGUUGAAAAAGCGCGUCUUUUCUAAACGUUUUCAACAUCACAUGAAUAAAUAUCACAUUUUCUACCCCACUAAA